AUGUCGACAGCGACUCACCCCGACGUCGCCAUCUCCGCGCCGGGCAAGGUCCUCCUGGCCGGCGGUUACCUCGUGCUGGACCGCAAGUACACGGGCCUCGUCUUCGGCCUCGACGCCCGCAUCAGCGUGAUCGCGGGCCAGAUUCACUCGAGCGCCGGCGUGCAACUCAACGAGAUCGUGGUGGACAGCCCGCAGUUCCUUGAGGCGCAGUGGCGGUACGGAUAUCACCUCGCGCCCGAGGGCGGCGGCAUCAAGGUAACGCAAUUGCAAGUGGGAGGUCAGGUAAACCCUAACCCUUUUGUCGAGACGACGCUCAACUACGCGCUGACGUACGCCAACACGGUCACCAAUUCCACCACCGCCCCCAGCUCCAGCCGCCUCGUCAUCCUCGCCGACAACGACUACUACUCGAACCCGGCCACCACCGACGCGCCCGGCCGGUUCGCCAAGUUUGGCGUGACCCUGCGUGAGGCGCACAAGACGGGCCUCGGGUCGUCCGCCGCACUCGUCACGGCGCUGACGGCCGCGCUGCUCACGCAUUACCUGCCGCGGGACCGCUUCGACGCCUCCACCGACGCCGGGCGGGCGGCCCUGCACAACCUCGCGCAGGCGGCGCACUGCGCGGCCCAGGGCAAGGUCGGGUCCGGCUUCGACGUCGCGGCCGCCGUGUACGGCUCCUGCACCUACCGGCGGUUCUCGCCCUCCGUGCUCGCGGGUAUCCCCGAGGCGGGCGCGCCGGGCUUUGCGGCACGCCUUGUCGAGGUGGUGGACGACCGCGGUGCGGCCUGGGACGUCGAGGUGAAGGCCGCGGACGGGCUGCGGAUGCCGCGGGGCGUGACGCUGCGCAUGUGCGACGUCGACUGCGGGAGCCAGACGGUCGGCAUGGUCAAGCAGGUGCUCGCGUGGCGCGCGCAGGACGCGGCCGGGUCUACAAGGCUGUGGGACGAGCUGCAGGCGCGCAACGAGGCGCUCGCCCAAGUACUACGCAACGACGCGCUGGGCGAGGUACCGAGCAGGAUCCAGGGCGUGCGGGAGCUGAUCCGCGCGAUGGGCGAGCGGAGCGGCGUGCCGAUCGAGCCGCCGGCGCAGACGGAACUGCUGGACGCGGCGGCGCGCGUGGAGGGCGUGCACGGCGGCGUGGUGCCGGGUGCGGGCGGCUUCGACGCGGCGGCGCUGCUGAUGGACGACGACGAGGCGACGGAGCGGAGGGUGGUCGAGUUCCUCGCGCGGUGGAGCGCGGAGAAGGGCGGUAAGGUGAAGCUGCUGAGCGUGAGGGGCGAGAUGGAGGGCGUGCGGAGGGAGCAGCUGGACGUGUACGAGGGGUGGCUGUGA